UAUUAUCUGUCUUGUCUUUUCAGUAUUUUCAGCUACUUUGGAUUUCCAUUCAACUUUUUCAACUUAUUUCGACAUUACAAAGAAUCAAAGCAAAGUCCUCAGGAAACAGACAUAGAGAGAAAUGUAAUAAACGAAGAGCAGAAAGAUGAGCAGAGAGUAGAGACGAAGGAUCCCCAUCAAAUCUCCUAUAUACGUGCCGUGUUGAUGGUGGCAUUAUUUGCCUACCUACACUUUGUUGCCUUUGUGGACCAGUAUAUAUUUGUGGCAAUUCUACCAGUUAUAAAACAAGACUAUCAUGUCGUCGGAUAUACAUCACAAUUUAUAACUUUAGGGUAUCUGGGCACUAGAGUGACCCUUUCACCAUUUAUAAGCUGUGCCACAUCUCGCUGUGAUCGUAAAAUGGUGACGUGCAUCGGACUAUUUUUCUAUACCCUUCUCUCCUUGGGAUGCACAUUUAUUCCCCAGCAGGGGUUCUGGCUCUUCAUGCUCACACGACUAUUUCUGGCUUCAAUGGCGGAAAGCUGCUUAAGUACGGUUCCUUUGGUGAUUGCCGAUCUAUUUUAUCCAGACCAGAGAACACGCGUACUAGGUUUUUACACCUGUACUAAAUCAGUUUGCUGUAUGCUUGCUUGCCUCUUUGGAACGCCCGUAGUUGAGUUGGCAUCUUUACACUGGCAUUAUGCACUAUGGACAACCCCAGGGCUUGGCCUUUUGGGUCUGGUGCUGGCAAUAAUAAUUAUGAAGGAUCCUCAACCAGAAGGAAUGGACGAAGUGGAGAAUGACAGUGAAGAUACUGAAUUAAGAUAUUCCUGUUUUUCGGACCUAAAGCAACUGCUGAGCAAUUGUAGCUUUCUCACCUACACAGCUGGAGCAUUAUGCUAUGUUUUUGUGUAUGGUGCAAAGAAUAGCUGGGCCCACCAAUUAGUUAAAAAAACCCGGCAAGAGCUACUUAUCGAGACACAGUGUUUGACCACAGGCUGCAGCUAUGAUGACAACCUCUUCUAUGGAAUCAUCAAAUGUGUAACGGAUCUAAUUGGACUUCUUCUUGGCAUGGAAUUCAGCAAGCGUUACAAGAAGUGGACUCCUAAAAUAGACGCAGUAUUGUGUGGAAUAGGGCUCAGCGUCUGUGCCCCCAUGCUUAUGGCGUUUAUAUUCUUCCCAGGGUUCAACAUUCCCAUUGCCUAUGUUUUCGUUGCCAUCUCUGGAGCAUUUCAAGCUAUAUGCCAAGUCCCGUUGCUUAACAUGAAACUGAACAUAGUGAGCCCAAAACUACGUGAGACAGCCAAUAUUUUCCAUCAGUUCUUCUCUAAGCUGUUAGGAACUGUCGGGCACAUAUUCUUUGUUCAAUUGGUCUCUGCAGAAAUACAGCAGAUCAGUCCUCAUGCCACUAAGCUGAGCAUUAUGCAGUAUUCGCUGGCAUUUUUACCAUUGGUGGCAGUGAUUGGAUCGUUAUUAUUCUUUAUAAUGGCAUAUUGCAUAAAGGAGAAACAGAUAAUGGCAGAAGAGCCAAUAGCUGUCAUCAGCCAGAAAUAACCAGACAAACUGAACAGAACAUCCAGGGCUGUGACACAGAAAUUUGAUCUUCAUUGUUUGGAGAAGCAAUCAAAACCCCUUCAUAAUUCGUCAGUCUGUAACGCAGACCAAGGCCUCAAUUCUGCAUUGAAAAGACUGUGUGGGAAUUAUAGACAUUCACAGAAUUGGA